UUCAGCUGCUCUUACCUUGGUGAGAGCCACCCCUCCCGCCAUGCUCACACAUCUUCUGCAGUGUGGUCUCCGCCGCUGCCCGCCCAGAGCACGGUUUGGAGGCCUUGAUAUCCGCCUGUCCACUCUCUCUCGGCCCCCAGCUUCCUCCUCAUUGCGUUUGUACGUACGACUGCGAGAUGCCUUGCUCCGUCCAUCAUGUUUCUCUAACAGACCCUUUUCCAAGGGCAGGAUACUGGCCCUGCUGGUUGGUCCUGCCUCUGCGUGUGCGGGAGGGAGGGUCGUGCUGUGCCAACUGGAACAUAGUAACCACCCCAUGAUCACAGCUGAGAAGGCCAUACCAGAGCCAGAAUUCAACUGGAGCGAGUUCUGGAAGCUCCUGCGGCCCCAGCUGUUGGCCCUGAUGACUGCUGUGAUUCUCUCGUUUGGUGCCGCGGUACUGAACAUACAGAUUCCACUGAUCCUGGGCGAGUUGGUAAACGUGGUGUCCCGCUUUACCAGAGAGCAUGCUGGGAACUAUCUGCGUGAAGUGCAGGGCCCUGCUAUGCGGCUGCUUUGUCUGUAUGGAGUACAGGGACUACUGACCUGCGGCUACAUCAUCCUGUUGUCUCGUGUUGGGGAGCGAGUCGCUGGUAAUAUGAGGAAAGCGCUCUUCUCCUCCCUGCUGCGGCAGGACGUUGCUUUCUUUGAUGCCCACAAGACAGGACUGUUGGUAAACAGACUCACCUCCGAUGUCCAGGAGUUUAAAUCCUCCUUCAAACAGGUCAUCUCUCAGGGUCUCAGAAAUCUCACACAGACAGUUGGCUGUUUUGUGUCGCUUUAUUACAUCUCCCCCAAGCUGACAGGGCUCCUGUUGGUAGUGAUGCCAGUGCUAGUGGGUGCUGGGGCCCUAAUAGGUUCCUUCCUGCGCAGACUGUCCCGUAAUGCCCAGGAGCAGGUUGCCAGAGCCACUGGUUUGGCGGAUGAAGCUUUAGGUAAUGUGCGUACUGUCAGAGCAUUCGCCAUGGAAAGUCGAGAGGUUGAUCUUUACUCUUCAGAAGUUGAUAAGUCGAGUCAGCAGAAUGAGAUCCUGGGGGUGGGGAUUGCUGUGUUCCAGGGGCUGUCCAAUGUGGCCCUGAACUGUAUAGUGUUGGGGACAAUCUUUGCUGGAGGGUCCCUGAUGGCUGGAAAUGAGCUCUCAGCAGGUGACCUUAUGUCCUUCCUGGUGGCUUCGCAGACAGUUCAGCGGUCCAUGGCAAACAUGUCCGUCCUGUUUGGUCAGGUAGUCCGUGGCCUGAGUGCUGGGGGCCGCGUCUUUGAAUUUAUGAGCCAGGAGCCUGAGAUCCCUCUGACCGGAGGGAAGAAGCUUUCUGCUCUGAAGGGAGAGGUGCACUUCAGAGACAUCUCCUUCAGACCACGAGGGGUAACCGUGUCAAGAUUAAAUAUCCAACAAGCUUCCAACCGUAGGAGUCUCUGUCCUCUGUCACCCCCCCUGGUUGAGCGAGGAUGUCACCGUCUUUCCAAUAUAAUGCAUGGAGCAGGGACAGAUAAUGGCAUAGAUGACAAAGUCCGAAGUACAUGUCAGCCUGUGGUUGAUCUUAAACCGUUUAUUAGUAUGCGGGUGCUGGAAGGAAUUCCCAGUGAUGAGGCUAUUGCAUGUCACACAAUUACCACAUCUGAGCCUGUGCUGUUUGGAACAAGCAUCAUGGAAAACAUUCGGUUUGGGAGACCUGAUGCCACUGACACUGAGGUUUUUGACGCUGCUAAACAGGCAAACGCCGAUGGUUUUAUCCGAAGCUUCCCAGAGGGAUACAGCACCAUGCUGGGUGAGCGCGGCGUGACCCUGUCUGGUGGUCAGAAGCAGCGAGUCGCCAUUGCUCGCGCCUUGUUGAAAGAUCCCAAGAUCCUGAUCCUGGACGAGGCCACAAGCGCCCUAGACGCAGAAUCGGAGAGAGCUGUACAGUUAGCGCUGGACAGAGCCACCUCAGGCCGCACCGUACUGGUUAUCGCCCAUCGGCUCAGCACUAUUGCUGAUGCCGACAUCAUCGUGGUCCUGUCUAAGGGUCAUGUGGUUGAACAAGGGACCCACCAUGAAUUGCUGAGGAAGGGAGGUCUAUACGCAGAGCUGAUAAAAAGGCAAAGCCAGGAGUCCCAAUGACACAGACCAGUUCAGAUAAUCCCUAACCUCAAGCUAUGUGUACAAGAACAGACAGGAGGGAGGUACAAUGUAACUCAUCAUUUCACACACCCCAGAUACAGAAGACAGCUUAAAUGCUGCACGUGAUCUCACACGCCCCAGAUACAGAAGACAGAAGGGAGCUUACAAUGCUCCACAUGAUCUUACAUGCCACAGAUACAGGAGGGAGCUUACAAUGCUGCACAUGAUCUUACAUGCCACAGAUACAGGAGGGAGCUUACAAUGCUGCACAUGAUCUUACAUGCCACAGAUACAGAAGGGAGCUUACAAUGCUACACGUGAUCUUACAUGUGAGCUUAUAAUUGUGCACAUGAGCUCACAUUCUGUAGCAACAGGAGUGAUCUACAAUGCUACACAUCAUCUCACAUACCACAGUAACAGGAGGUAGUUCCUGCCUUCAUAAAGACAGGGAAGGAGAACCUUACUAAUAAAUACUAAUAGGACCCUACAGCUGCAUUGGGACAAGAGAACCUCACUGGUCAGUACCAAUGGGACAGUAGAACCUUACAGCUGCAUUGGGACAAGAGAACCUCACUGGUCAGUACCAAUGGGAUAGUAGAACCUUACAGCUGCAUUGGGACAAGAGAACCUCACUGCUGAGUACCAAUGGGUCAGUAGAACCUUACAGCUGGAGUGGGACAAGAGAACCUCACUGCUGAGUACCAAUGGGACAGUAGAACCUUACAGCUGCAUUGGGAUAAGAGAACCUCACUGCUGAGUACCAAUGGGACAGUAGAACCUUACAGCUGCAUUCGGACAAGAGAACCUCACUGAUGAGUACCAAUGGGUCAGUAGAACCUUACAGCUGAAGUGGGACAAAAUAACCUCACUGCUGAGUACCAAUGGGACAGUAGAACCUUACAGCUGCAGUGGGACAAGAGAACCUCACUGCUCAGUACCAAUGGGACAGUAGAACCUUACAGCUGCAGUGGGACAAGAGAACCUCACUGCUCAGUACCAAUGGGACAGUAGAACCUUACAGCUGCAGUGAGACAAGAGAACCUCACUGCUGAGUACCAAUGGGACAGUAGAACCUUACAGCUGCAGUGGGACAAGCAAACCUCACUGCUGAGUACCAAUGGGACAGUAGAACCUUACAGCUGCAGUGGGACAAGAUUACCUCACUGCUAAGUACCAAUGGGACAGUAGAACCUUACAGCUGCAGUGGGAUAAGAGAACCUCACUGCUGAGUACCAAUGGGACAGUAGAACCUUACAGCUGCAUUCGGACAAGAGAACCUCACUGAUGAGUACCAAUGGGUCAGUAGAACCUUACAGCUGAAGUGGGACAAAAUAACCUCACUGCUGAGUACCAAUGGAACAGUAGAACCUUACAGCUGCAGUGGGACAAGAGAACCUCACUGCUCAGUACCAAUGGGACAGUAGAACCUUACAGCUGCAGUGGGACAAGAGAACCUCACUGCUCAGUACCAAUGGGACAGUAGAACCUUACAGCUGCAGUGAGAAAAGAGAACCUCACUGCUGAGUACCAAUGGGACAGUAGAACCUUACAGCUGCAGUGGGACAAGCAAACCUCACUGCUGAGUACCAAUGGGACAGUAGAACCUUACAGCUGCAGUGGGACAAGAUUACCUCACUGCUAAGUACCAAUGGGACAGUAGAACCUUACAGCUGCAGUGGGACAAGAGAACAUCACUGCUCAGUACCAAUGGGACAGUAGAACCUUACAGCUGCAGUGGGACAAGAGAACCUCACUGCUGAGUACCAAUGGGACAGUAGAACCUUACAGCUGCAGUGGGACAAGAUAACCUCACUGCUGAGUACCAAUGGGACAGUAGAACCUUACAGCUGCAGUGGGACAAGAUAACCUCACUGCUGAGUACCAAUGGGACAGUAGAACCUUACAGCUGCAGUGGGACAAGAGAAACUCACUGCUGAGUAAUAAUGAGUCAGUAGAACCUUACAGCUGUAGUGGGACAAGAUAACCUCACUGCUGAGUACCAAUGGGUCAGUAGAACCUUACAGCUGCAGUGGGACAAGAGAACCUCACUGCUGAGUACCAAUGGGUCAGUAGAACCUUACAGCUGUAGUGGGACAAGAUAACCUCACUGCUGAGUACCAAUGGGACAGUAGAACCUUACAGCUGCAGUGGGACAAGAUAACCUCACUGCUGAGUACCAAUGGGUCAGUAAAACCUUACAGCUGCAGUGGGACAAGAGAACCUCACUGCUGAGUACCAAUGGGACAGAAGAACCUUACAGUUGCAGUGAGACAAGAGAACCUCACUGCUGAGGUGAAGAGGGAGCUUACAGGGCUGGUCAGAUUGUCAGCACUGAGUAGUAGCAGGACAGGAGGAAGCUCCUUGCUAUAAUCAGAACCAGACACUGUGAACACACAGAACAGCAGCAACUCUUGGCUACUAUUAGUAAUAUGUGAAGAGCAGCAGCACUCCAAUGAUCCAAAACUUUACUUAAUUCAGCCCCACAGACAAAUAAGAUGACGCGGCAUGACUAAGGACUUAAGCCCAAAACAUUGGGGGGUUUUUUCCUGCAGAGCUAAAUAAAGAGUGAAGUUUUGGAUCAUUGGAGUGUGGCUGCUCUUUGUCUAUUCUGGAUGGUUGGGGCUGAAGUGCAGAGCCCUGAGCAGAAUUUUACACAGGUGCCGAAUACCUUAAGAUUUUUAUCUACUAAUAGACGCUAACACUGUACAGAGCGAGCAGUAAAGCGCAAUAUUCAUCUCUGCAUAUUAUAUGACUUGUUUCCUUUGGGUUGGAUCUAUACACAAACAGUCAUUUGUAGCAAGGGAAAGCCAAGUGCUCCAGCAAGUCUGUAGCAUCAUAUUGCACCUGUAGUAACGACAGCAUUAUAGUAUCAGAACAAACAGCUUCAGAAUAACUCCAUCAGUCUCUGCAAUUAGCAUCUGAUUAGUUUGUGUCUGUUGGUUUAAGAGUUUGUUAUUCAGCAGGAUGUAUACAAGGUGGCAAUAUUAAGGCAGCCAUAAUAUUUCAGCUGCAAAUUUGCCAUAGCCACAGUAUUGUCAUGAAAAUGAUGUGGGUGCAACACUGAAAGUUUUAUAACUAGGUAAAAUCUGUAUUGAAAAAUCAUUUUUGAAAGGUGCCAGGAGCCAUUACUCCUAAGAAUUACCCUCUUGGCCACUAGGAGAAGGUAAAGAUUCCCAAAACUCCAAAAGCACUCAAAAACCUUCCUGCGUCACUGGUAAAAUAGUCUUAUCUUUGCCUCUGCAGGAGGAAGGUGAAGAAUUGAGGUGCUCCAUAUGUUCUUUUGUACGAGGGUUUCUCAGACCGAUUUGAGGCCCAUUUUCCCCUCAGAGAACUGCUAUUUGGGACAGAGGGGAGAUAUGGAUUAUUGAGUAGUGGCACAACUACACCCAGUGAGUAGUUAGUCACAGGCCUAUCACAUGGGUCGCGGGGACCGUUCCCUUAGGCACCUCCUUUUGGGUCGUUGUUAUACUCCACAUGCAUAGAUCCUCUGCUGUCAUGCGUACAGCACUGGAUUGGCAGAAAGCAGUUCUUUUCUGCAGAUAGUGAGUCCGGUAGAGGGGGAGCUUGUCAGGUAAGUGAUAAGGUUCUACUUUUUUAGCUCUCACAUUGCCUACAGGCUAUUAGUUUUAGUACAUUAUAGCCAGGACAGCGACACUUAAUCACACAUUGUUUCUCAUGUAUUCUGUAUGGCAAAUUUUGUGGGCUGCAGGGACUUUCUGUGUAUUUAGAAUGCACAUUAUUUUUUCUACCAUUUUGAUGUUUUUGCUUCUUCUGAAGUAGCUAUUGGUAAGAAAGUCCUUCAAGCAGUAUUUUCUGGACAUUAGGUAAAAAAUGAGAUAUAUAUAGAGAGAGACAGUGAGAGGGAGACAGUGAGAGAGAGACAGUGAGAGAGAGACAGUGAGAGAGAGACAGUGAGAGAGAGACAGUGAGAGAGAGACAGCGAGAGAGAGACAGCGAGAGAGAGACAGCGAGAGAGAGACAGCGAGAGAGAGACAGUGCGAGAGAGAGAAAUAGCGAGAUAUAUAUAUAUAUAUAAAAUAAAAAAAAUUGUCCCACAAACAUUACUCGUGGACUCCACAGCUCCGGGAAUUUGUUCCCAGGAGUAAUGGCUUGUGGACUCUCACCAGAUUUAUGAAAGAUAUAUCAUUUAUGGUUGCCUGAUAAAUUUAUUUUUUUUCCUGGUGGUGAGAGUCCAUGAGACCCGCCUAUUUUUUGCAAAUUUUUUAACUAUAUUUUUUGGGUGUCAGAUAAAGUUUGCACCUCUUCUUUUUUCCCUGCUCUUGUCCUUUCCUACCUUUUUGCUACUUCUUGGCUAUACGUCAGACUGGCUUACCAGGGAGGUGGGUGAGAUUAAGCGGUCUUGCCGUUUUGGGAAUCUUUGCCUCCUCCUAGUGGUCAGGAGUGGAAUUCCCAGGAGUAAUUAAUUGUGGACUCUCACCGCCAUUAAAGGAAUUAAUUUAUCCUAUACACAAAAUUAUAUUCUUUAUUUUCUAGUGGGAUAAACCGUAUGUGAUUGAAGAGCCAAUUUGUUUUCUUUUAAAAAAUUGUUACACCAGCUUCAGAGUAUUAAAUGCACAAGAAUUUCUGUCUCUUAAGAUUGUUUUUGUAUAUGAAAUAUCUGAUUUUGCUCAUUGAAAUCACAACCCAUCAUUCUCAGGUGCAUGCCCAGUUAAAUGGAUUGGGCCUGCAGGAAAAGCAGGCCUGAUUAUAUUUUUCUCUCUAUAUACCAGGGGUUUUCAAAACAUGCCAGAUUUUUAGUAUAUCUGAACUGACAGACAGGUGAAUAAUCAGAUGGUUAGUAACCUGCUCCCAGCUAAGGUAAUUCUGCUAAUCUGGCCUGUUAGAGAGGCAUGAGGACAGGUUUAAAAAAACCUGCUCUAUACCCAAAAGACAAUAGUUGGGUACUGACAUUUUAACUAUGGGCAGGGGGUUCAAACCCCCCAGCUAUUUUAGAAAUAAAAAUCUAUCCAAUACUGCGGUAUUGAUAUUUUCAUUGUAGGCAACGGUUUCAUCAGAGGAAAACUGUUAUUUUACAUGACAAAAUAAAGGUAAAGGAGCUGUUUGCAAUGUAAUAAACUCCAGCAGAUAAAAUAGAGCAAUGAGAACAAAAGGAGAACAUUUCAAUGUAUUAGAAAGAGCAGUGAGUGAAACGCUGGGGUUACAGAAUGUGUUAUGGGACCAAGGAACAAAGUAUAUCUGAAUGUGCCUCAUUCUCCGGUACCUAGAAAGGGUUAAACAACACUGAGGGUAAGCUGCUUCAUUUUGUAAAAUUAACUCUUUAUUAUGUUUAGUUUUAUGCAAAAUAAAAUCUAUUCCCAUCA